GCGGCAGAUUCUGAUUUCAUGUCUUGGACAUUCCACAUCUGCUCCGCGUGCGUCAUUGCGCAGAAGCACGUCCAGCCCAUAAGUGAGGUGGGAAUCUGCUGACAGAUCACAACCGGUUGUUUUGUCGCUCUUACGUGAGCUCGGAUCAGCAGGUGCUGUAUUUAAUAGACGUCUCUCCACCGCAAGGACACUGACAAGAAAGGGGAUUUCUUCCAUCGCGGAUGGCGUAAAUCAGAACGCAAUAAAAUAUGUGACAUCGAAACAAUCGGCAGAUUCAGAUCCCAAUCUCUACAGCUUCUUACUUACUCUGCAGCCAUGGGUCUAUUUAUAUCUGCAGGGACCUUUUUCUCUGCGCUCCUCAUUAGCAGGUUGCUAGAGAGCUCCAUGCUCAAUGCAGAAAUGAAGGAAGGAGAAAUUCUGCCUCCAACCAUUCAAAAGCUGAUGAAAGGAUAUAACAAGUACCUGAGGCCGUUCUUUGACAAUGGCCCUGUGACUGUUGGUAUGAGCUUGGACAUUGCUAGUAUUGACACCAUUUCAGAGAUCAAUAUGGACUACACAGCCACCAUAUUCCUCCGGCAGCGCUGGACAGACGAGCGUUUGGUGUUUGAAGGCAACAAGAGCCUGAGCCUUGACGGGCGGCUUGUGGAGCUCCUUUGGGUGCCUGACACUUUCAUUGUGGACUCCAAGAAAUCUUUUCUUCAUGACAUCACUGUGGAGAACAGACUGAUCCGCAUCUUUCCAAAUGGGACCGUCCUUUAUGCGCUGAGAAUUACCACCACUGUGGCCUGUAACAUGGAUUUGACCAAGUACCCAAUGGACAAGCAGACCUGCACGCUACAACUGGAGAGCUGGGGUUACAACAUCAAUGACGUCAUGUUCUAUUGGACCAGAGGAAAUGAGUCUGUCAGUGGCCUCGACACUCUUCAACUCGCGCAGUACACAGUGGAGGACCACUACACCUCGGUGUCAGAGGCUAUCUAUGAAACUGGUCACUACCCCAAGCUGGUCUUCCACUUUGAGCUGAAGAGGAGCAUUCUGUACUUCAUCCUGGAGACAUAUGUCCCAUCAAGCCUAUUGGUGGUUCUUUCUUGGGUCUCCUUCUGGAUUUCGCUGUCCUCUGUUCCAGCACGAAUUUGUAUAGGAGUGACCACAGUACUGACCAUGACCACUCUGAUGAUGGGAGCUCGCACGUCGCUUCCGAAUGCCAACUGUUUCAUCAAGGCGAUUGAUGUGUACUUAGGAAUCUGCUUCAGCUUUAUUUUUGGAGCCCUCAUUGAGUAUGCUGUGGCUCAUUUCUGCACCCUCACUUACAGCGACCCGCAUAUGCUGGUGUAUGGCCACCAAUUGCAUAACUUUGAUGACGAAAUAAACGGCAUCGUCACCACCAUCUCCAGCCCCUGUGACAGGGCCAAGAGACGCAAGGAACCUGACGCAGGUCCCGCCGCUGCUCCCGCCACCAGCGAAUUGGCAGUCGAUCCAUCCAGCCAGACAGGCAGCGAGCCCAAGCCCGAGGCUUCUCCUCCAGAACCCACCAACUGGUGUUUCAUUGCUCUGGCCACCUUUCGCAAACUUCUCAGUUUCAUAAGCUGCUGUCACAUAAAAAAUCCACACCACAUAGACAACUACUCAAGAGUCACUUUCCCUUUGUCAUUUGUCCUUGUUAAUCUUCUUUAUUGGACGUAUUAUUUGUACUUUUAGCAUUUAUCCCUAGUAUUUAGACAGGGAGUUUAUUUCACUCAAUGUACAAUAAGUGUGACUUAGGUGUGGUUCUGAGGUGAGUUUUUACUAUUUCUAAGCAGCAGCAUAAUGAGAAUGAGAAAGAUUGUUUUUCAGGAAGAAAAAAAAAAGUGUCAUUAUUGUAAUUCAACGUCACUCUUUUAGCAUACUUAAUGCUGACUGCUGAGGUCUGGUAGACUACAAAGCUCGACAUGAAGAGGAGUAAUUGCUUCCAAAGAUGAAAACCAUUCCGUUUGCAUAUUUCCCACUGUAGCUCAUUUAUUGUAAUUGUGUCUCGUUCAGCUUGUAAGUGGCGAACACACAGAAGAUGGAGCUGUAAUUUAUGCUGGCCAAAACAUCCAGGGGUGCUGUGCACGGGCGAAUGGGCUUACUCGUUGUCUGACUUUUUCCAAGUGAUAUUUUAUUAAUUGUUCUUUUCUGCCUGAAUGUUCACAUCUUGAGUACAAUUGGCUAAUAUGAAUAGGCAGUGGCAGAAAUAAAAUAAAAAGAAAAAAAGAAAAAGACCCAAUGCAAAAGAAUAACAUGAUGGAAACUUCAGUUCCGGGAAAUAUCACAAACAGUUUAUGUAAUUGUCUUUUACACAAAAACUCUCAAUACUACCUAAAUUACAGCAGAUAAAUACAUCAUUUAAUGGGGCUGCUAUGAAUAGUUCAGAUUGUAACGAAAUCAGAAAAUUACACCAUUCAUUCACCCGUUUUUGUUCGGUGUCACAAUUCACAUUCCUUAGACAGCACAUCAAGCCUAUGCUUUCUUAUCAGCUAACCAACUCUGGCUGGCUGUCUUACUGGAAUAUUUCUUUUAAAAUACGGUCAUGUGAUGUUAUCAGAUGUUGGUGUAGGUUAGUACUGAAGUGCUUAUCUUCGCCAGAUAUGUCAUUUCAAUUUUUCAGCUAUUUAGAGCUGAGUCGAAAAUGUCAUUUCCAUUGAUCUGUUUUUGGAAGAUGUUAUUACUGGCAAUGCUCUUUACCUUCUUAACAGCUCCAAAAUGAUGGAAUCUUCUGGACUAUAUCAGGAGGUCGCUGUAAAAUAAGUUUACACUGAAAUAUAGAAAUACUACAUGACAUUUAAUAACUGCUUACGCCAACAAGUCUGGAAAAAGCACACUAGAGUUAGAGAAAAGCAGAAAGAAGGAGUAGAAAAAGAACAGAUGCAAGAUGGAAAUGUUUUCAUUUAAGCAAACUACCGGUACUAUUCAGUUCAAACUUACUGUCAAUGCAUUUGACAAGGUGAUGUGUUUGAAUGACACAUACGUAGACCACAACCUAGACGGUACGGUUUGUUGUACAGUCUGUUUGCUACCUUUGUCCGAGGAAGCAACAUUUAUGAUGGCCAUGGGCUGAAUAUGUCGACCAAAGAUUAUAAUCAGAUUUAAAAGUGCAUUCUCAAGUACCAUGGCGGCAUGCUGUCGGUCUGCAGAUUAACGUGACAGCUCCUAUGUCAGACAAUGGGGCAAAUCUGCCUGUUAAUUUUGUUGUUGUGUUCUAUACCGCUAUAAUAUGCUCUCACAUAGACUGGCGUGAGUUGAUUUAUUCAGAUGGCAAAUUUCUUCCAUGAUGUGCAUUGAGAUGAAUGAAGUGGGUAUAUAACUUCAUUGCCUUCAGAAACUAUUUCGGCUGCAUUGUUUCUCUGUUUUAACUCAUUCACUCCCAAAGACGUUUUUAAACGUCUUUUCAGACUUGGUCCUGAAUUGGCUCGUACUGAAUGAGUUUUAAAUAGACUGACUCAGCCCUCCUUUUCUGAUGAUAACGCUAACAAAUAAUUUCAUUUAUAACCUUUGUUCUCCCUGCGUGCAUGCUUUGCUUGGUUUGCUUGGGUUAAAUAUGGGGGGGAGAAAAACAAAAAC